AUGCGUGAAGGCGUUCAUCAUCUAGAAGAUGGCCAUUAUGAGAUGCCAUUACCUCUGAAAAGUGAAAACGUGGAGUUGCUGAACAGCAAGGAGCCAGCCCUGAAUCGCCUUUUAAAACUGAGAAGACGAUUGACUAGUGAUGAACAGUUUCAAAAGGAUUACAGCAGCUUCAUGCAGGACAUCACAUCAAGUGGUUGCGCAGAAAGAGUUCCGGUUGAAGAACUAUCCACGAAGAGUAAGCAAGUGUGGUACAUUCCACAUCACGGAGUGUAUCAUAAGAAACCAGGAAAGAUUAGGGUCGUGUUUGACUGUAGUGCUGUAUGUGAUGGCCAAUCCCUGAACCAACAGCUUCUCCAGGGACCAGAUCUGACAAAUAACCUUACAGGAGUUCUGUGCAUAUUUCGACAGGAACGUAUCGCCUUUAUGUGCGACAUCCAAGCAAUGUUUCACCAAGUAAAGGUAGACGUGGAACACCGUAACCUCCUUAGAUUCCUGCGGUGGGACAAUCCAGAGCUGAAAGGAGAUCCUGUUGAGUUCCGUAUGACCGUCCAUCUAUUUGGUGCCACGUCAUUGCCGGGAUGUGCGAACUUUGCCCUUAAAACUGCUGUGGACCAGUAUGAAGAAACCUGUGGCAGCAAAGCAGCGGAUUUUGUGAGAAGAAAUGUCUUUGUGGAUGGACUGAAAUCAGUACAAUCCGUUGACCAGGCCAAAGAAUUGAUCAAGAACACAAAGUCCUUAUGUCAAAGGGGUGGCUUUCGACUGCACAAAUUUACUUCGAACAACAUAGACAUGAUGAGUUCCGUUCCACAGGAAGAUCGAGCAACAGACCUGACAGACCACCACGUUAUUAGUGAUGGUACCGCCAUAGAACGUGCCCUGGGUGUUCAUUGGUGCGUUGAGUAUGACACACUCCAGUUAAGAAUUACCUUGCAAGAUAAACCCUUAUCAAGAAGAGCAAUCCUGUCCACAGUUAGUUCAGUGUUUGAUCCCCUGGGCCUGGUUACUCCAUUCAUCUUGGUAGGGAAGCGAAUUCUACAAGAACUGUGCCGCGAUGGUGUUGGUUGGGACGAUGAAAUUCCAGACAACUUGAGAUCUCAAUGGGAGAAGUGGCGAGCUGAGCUUCCCAUUUUAGAAAGGAUCCGAAUUGCAAGAUGUCAUAAGACCCAGGAACUCGAUGAAGUCAAGAAAGCCGAACUGCAUUACUUCUCCGAUGCUUGUCAGAAUGGCUAUAGUCAGUGUUCUUAUGUCCGACUUGUCGAUGACAAGAACUGCGUCCAUUGUUCCCUGGUGAUGGCAAAGUCACAUGUAACUCUCCUUAAUCCAGUCACCACUCCCAGACUGGAACUGACAGCUGGGCUCGUCUCGACGAAGAUCAGCUGUAUGUUGCAGAAGGAGCUAGAGUACACCCUGAUAGAAGUCUUCUGGACUGACAGUAAGACCGUGUUGGGCUACAUCAAUAAUGACGCCAGAAGAUUUCUUGUAUUUGUUGGUAAUCGUGUUCAAGAAAUACGAGAGCAGACAUUGCCUGGACAAUGGCACUACGUUGGAACGAAAUCCAAUCCCACAGACAUAGCCUUCCAUGGUGCUGGAGCCCAAGAGCUUCUUGACAACCCUCUCUGGUGGAAUGGGUCAGAUUUUCUCUGGAAUACUUCUGAAGACUGGAAUUCCGUUGAUGACGUUCCUUCCAUCCCUCCUGAAGAUCCUGAAGUUAAGAAAGUUUCUGUGAGAGCUACUCAGACCCAAGAGCCAAAGCUAUCAUCUCUGCAAGAACGUCUAACGUAUUUCUCCAGCUGGCAUUGA